AUGCAUCCAGCCAUCUACUUGAUAGCGUUUUCAUCCGUAUCAGCAAUUUCACUCAACUCCUACUGGAAUGAGAGCGAUACCAGACGACUGUCAGGUAUAUUGGAGGUAGCCUGUGAAGCUGUGAAGAAAGCAGAGUUGACUGACUUAGACACCCUUUACCAUGCGGUUGCUCUGCUCAGCGUUCUCCCGGAUUGCGUUUUGGACAGCGAAAUUGUGGAAAAUGUGAUAUUGGGAAAAGCUUCCAGUGGUGAGAGCUUGUAUCGAGCCCUUUCCAUAGCUGAUCACCUAAAGAUCAAGGUAGAUCACGCUGCAUUCGACAAGGCUUUGACAUCAUCUAUGAAGAUAGAUGAUGAUCCUACCAAUUUGGCUUGGAUUAUGAACGCAGCAGCGUUUUUGGAAAAGGAUGUGGGAGCAAAAUAUUUUGACAAAAUUGUAAACCUUGUCGUGCAAGCAGAUGAAGUGGAUGGGAAGUAUUUGAAUUUUGAUAGUAGCAUUGUCACCACUGCUAUCGCCGUUCGAGCAAUCGUAGCGUUGGCUGAAAAGCAGGGAAGGAAGCCAGCUGUUUCGGAGAAAAAACUACUCCAAAUGGCAAACUACCUGUUAUCUCGCAAACACGCAACUGCUCCAAAAAUUACUUACCACCUGUUGGGAGCUCUAAAAACUUUGACAGAUAAUCUCGAAUUUGUGCCUGUAGUGGUAUCGCUUGAAGGGCCUGUAGAAGUGGCUUCAGAUCAGCCCAUCAAAAUUGCUGUGACCAACGUCUUUGGAGAACCAGUCGAUGUUGACGGUGUUCGUGCUGAAGCUUUUGCCGUCUUAAAUCAAACCCUUAUAAGCAUCUUGGAGUUGGAACCUAUGCCAUCAGACUCAAGAUUCUGGACGAUCAAUCCCGACCGGAUUCCGAUUAUAAACGACUUUGUAAGACUGGAUAUAAAAAUCGAGAGCAAGGAUAAGCGCCUUAUUGGAACAACCAGUUCCCAUGUUCUGAUCAAAAGAAGUCGGAGUAUAAUGGUUGACGACUUUAAAAUUGGAGUCGCAGAAUUGGGAGAAGAAAUUCCCGAAAACUCUUUGAAGAGGGUCAUUGCAUUUCACAAGAUCAAGGAUGUACUGAACGUAGACAGUGCAAAGCAUUUACACCUCUCCUUCUCAAUGAAGUACGAGAACGAUUCCUACUUGAAACCUCAUCAGUGUUUCGUGAUGUUCAAGCACGGAAAUGGACACGAAGUGUUCUAUACUGCAAAUUUAGUGAAGAAGGGCAGAUAUGCAGUUGACAUU